AUGGAAACAACCCGCCGCUCGCGCCUCCACUCCCUCGCCCACCGCGGCACCAUCGAAGGGGUCACCAUCGCCGCGCCGUCUGGCACAGACCUCUGCCACUACUUCGGCGGCGUCCGCUAUGCGCUCCCGCCGCUGCAGCGGUGGCGCCGAGCCCGCCGGUUGCCGUCCACAUUUAGCUACGGCAGCAAAGAUGCGCCGGGUCGGUGCGACGGCGGCGCGGGUCUGUGUCCGCAGCCCGAGUUUAGGGGCGUGUCGCCAAGCGAGGAUAUCUGGACGGAAGAUUGCUUCCAGUGCAAUGUGUGGGUGCCGACGGGAGAGCCACCACGGGGCGGAUGGCCGGUUUUUAUGUUUAUUCAUGGCGGGUGGCUCCAGUUCGGCUCGCCGAAUGGCUUCAAUGCGGCGGCGCUGCUAGGCGAGAGUGGGUUCAAAUGUGUGGUUGUCAUGCCGGCGUACCGCGUCAACCUGUUUGGCUUCUUGUAUUCGGCUGAGCUGCAGCAGGAUGCUGCGGCUGUGGGCGAGACGGUGGGUAACCACGGGUUCUGGGACCAGCGGCUGGCCAUGGAGUGGACGAAGGAGAACGUCCAUCUAUUCGGGGGCAACCCGGAGAAUAUUACGAUCUCGGGAUACUCUGCUGGUGCCAACUCGGUCUUUCAUCAACUGGCCUACGACCUGCGCCAACCGGACGACAAGGCCAUCGUGCGCCAGGCAUGCAUCCUCUCCAACUCACCAGCCGUACAACCUAAGGCGCCCGCCGAGACGCAAAUCCAGUUCGACGAGCUCCUCGCUGCGCUCGAUAUCCCAUCUUCCUUCUCAGCCAUCGAGAAGCUCGCCCGCCUCCGCGCCCUCCCACCGAAGACGCUCCUUGAGGCAGCUAAGAGCAUCGAAGUACACCAAUUCCGCCCCACGACUGACGGCGGCUUCAUCGUGCCCACGCUCUUCCAAUCCCUCGACAGCGGCGACUUCGCCCGCAAACUACUCGCCCGCAACAUCCGACUCAUCCUCGGCGAAUGCGCCGACGAGCAUUUCCUCUACGGCAUCUGGUUCCCGCCAAAAGCCGACACGCUCGACGCGCUACGCACCCGGCUAAUCGCCGACUACCCCGAGCGCGUCAACUGGACGCCGGACGCCUGGGGCCGGAUCUACGCGGACAUGCAGGUAUACCACAUGCAGCGCGGGCUGAUCCACGCGCUCACCUCGAAUACGGCGGGCGUCGAUGCGUCGCGGCUCAUCUAUCGGUACCGCAUUGAGUUCCGCGCCGAGUGCAUUGAGAAGAGCCUUCCGCUGGAGUGGGGGGUUACGCACUCGUCGGAUUAUCCGUUGUGGUUCUGGGGUAAUGGGGAUGUGUUGACACCGCGGGAGAAGAAGAGCACUGACGCGGCGUUGAUUGGGCCGUUGAGUCGGUUUGUCCAGGGGGUGAGUGCGGAGGGGAGCGAUGGAUUUGGCUGGGGGACGAGUGGGAAGGGGGUGAGGGUUUUGAGGGCUGAUGGGGAGGUGGAGAUUCGCGGGGAUGCGAUGUGGGAUGUGGGUGUGAAGAUGUGGAAGGCCGUGCGGGAUGUUGCGGAGAAGGCGAGGCUUUGA